CGUAGCGGCGAUUAGGCAAAGCUUGUUGAAGUCAAUGUCUUGUUUCAUGGUGACAGUAGCAUAUUUUCAUACAGUUUGCUCCAGAAAAAGCAGAUUUUACUACAUUUUGCAUAAAACGCAGAUAAGGCAAAACUACGAUCAAAAAGAGAAUAUCUUGAGUUAUCAAAAUCCCAAUAUAAUCGGGAUUUGAAUCAUUUUAUCAAAGAGAGUGAGAACGCAGAGUCCAUGGAACCAAUUUCUGGGCUAUCUCAGGAAAGUCAUUUAGAAUCCAUCGUGAAGAAUGAACCUGAAGACAUCUCAGACUCUGUAACAUUUCCUGAGACUAUUGAGGGAAAUCUUCAGUAUCCAUCAGGAAGUCAUUCCGUAUCGAUGGUGAAGAGUGAACCCGAAGAAGGAACAGACAACUCUGGAGAAAAUCCUUUUGGACUUGAGAAAUUUUUCGUCACUUAUGUCAACAAGUCGACAAAGCCGAGCUGCAGCAAAACUUCGGCUAGGAAUAGGAAUACUGAUAAGACUGAUGAGACACUAAGCGAUGAAGAGAACACAAAAUUGGAAGAUUGCUGCUGCAAACAUGUCCAGUACAUUUAUCACCAAUUGAGAAAAAAUGAUGUAGGGAGACAAAAGCAUAAGAGCAUCCUCAAAAAGCUACCUCUGCAAACCAAGGAAGAGCUGGAAGAAUUUGAUAAAUCUUUGUUUGUGCAGAGCAACAAGGAGGCAUUCAGGUACAUUGCAUCAAAUUUGACCCUCAAGCAAUUUCUUAGUGACGACGUUGUCCUGGAAAUGAAGUUUACUGGAAAAGACUCCAAAAAAGGCUUGAAAGAUUAUUAUUUUUACAGGAUUUGGAAAGAAGCAUCGACGUCUCAGGAUUUUCCAGAAAUAUUCAAGGCCCAAAUGAGAGCUGCAAAGUCCAGGCAGUACACUGCAAAACAUAAGGAAAAACUCCGAGAAAAACAGCAAUAAUGACGAUAUUACAAAAUCACUGAGAGGACUCUGGAUUGAUUUAUGAACUGUUGAUUUAUUUGAAAUUAUGUGAACUGAAAUUUGUAGCUUUUGAAAUAAAAAAAAUCAUCGAAACGAAAU